GGGCCAUCAACAGUGUCGACCGCGAAGUAAUAAUUUGGAGACUGCUCCAACACUACGGAGUGCACUACCGAAACACUUAUCAACCUAAUUCAACACCUCUGUGAUGACGUCACAUGCCAAUUAAUUCAAAACGGAAAGCUCAGUGAAGCGUUUGAAGUGGAGACCAGAAUGGGAGGUUGGCUACUCGAUGUCACCAGUGAUAUUCCUGAUAAUGGUGGACUGGAUCCUGCAAGACAGUGAGGAGUGUGAGAAGAUCGACACACAUCGGAGAGGCAAAAAGAGUCUUGAUGAUCUUCAUUUUGCUUGUCACACACGCACGCACACACUCCAAGAUUUACAAGCGAAAACAAACAAGUCGACAGAAGAGAUAGCGAAGAUAGGUCUUCAGGUGAACAUAGAGAAAACAAGGAUAUUGGGGAUAUCUGACAAACAACAACAAGCAGCAAUCACCGUGAAUGGGAGCAAUUCAAAGGCAGUCAUCUCUUUCACCUACUCAAGGAGUGGAGGGGGCAGCUUCACUCCAGCUACGAGCAGACGUCACUCAUGAGAAUGUCAACGACAUCCAAGGUCGGAUCGGGAAAGCAAGACAGACAGGCGUCCACUGUACUGACAUCAGUGUGGUCAUCUACAGCAAUCAAUACAAGGAACAACA